AUGCCGACAAAACAUCUGAGGCCCGACCUAGCCCUCUACUUGGUCACCGAUUCUGGCCUGGUCCCGGAAGGAAAGGACUUCGUCGAGCACGUCAAGGAUGCCAUCCGCGGAGGGGUGACUAUAGUGCAGUUGCGCGAGAAGAAGCUCAACACGCGCGCGUUCAUCGAGCUGGGCCGGAAGGUUCACACGGUCACGAAGGCAGCUGGGAUCCCACUGUUGAUCAAUGACCGCGUUGAUGUUGCGCUGGCCAUCGGCUGCGAGGGAGUACACAUCGGCUGGAGCGACUGCACGUAUGCCGACGCCCGUCGGAUGUUGGGCACUGGCAAAAUCAUCGGUGUUUCCGUGUCCAACGUCGAACAGGCGAACCUGGCUGCUGAGACCGGCUGCGACUACAUCGGCGUCGGUCCCAUAUACGCCACGGGCACGAAGCCUGAUCACAACCCCCCGCUCGGCACCACGGGCGCCCGCGCCCUGCUCGAGCACAUCUGCACGCUUCCUGGCCCCAGCGGCAAUUGGGGCCGCGACGUUCCUGCGGUCGCCAUUGGCGGCAUCAAUUUGAACAACAUCUACUACGUGAUGCACCAGAGCGUGUCGCCGGCGUCACCAGCGCGAAAACAUCUAGCCGGCGUCGCGGUAGUCUCGGCCAUCAUGGCCGCCAGCGACGCGUGCGAGAGUAGCAAGGUCCUCCGGAAGCUCGUCGACGAGGUUCCGCCGUUCGCCGAGCGCCAGCACGGCCAGUUCAUCACGGGCGUCGACUUCAGCGAGAACUUUAUCUCUGUCCUUGCCAAGGUCGUCACUGCCCGUCCGAUGGUCCAUCACAUCACCAACAACGUGGUCAAAAACUUCUCCGCCAACGUCACGCUCGCGAUCGGCGCUUCCCCCAUCAUGUCGGAGGAGAUAUCGGAAGUUGGCGAUCUUGCGAACCACGGUGGCGCGCUGGUGCUCAACAUGGGCACGGCGGGCAAAGACGCGCAGCCGCUCUUCCUCGCCGCGAUGAGGGCGGCCAACGCGCGUGGCAACCCCGUUGUCUUCGACCCGGUUGGCGCGGGCGCCACGCCCGCCCGCCUGCAGUUCUCGCACCUCAUUGUGUCCUCGGGCUUCUGCGACGUGAUCAAGGGCAACGAAUCCGAGAUCCGCGCGGUGUACGGCGACAGCUCGGUGCAGCAGCGCGGCGUGGACAGCGCCCACAACGAGGCCGCCGAUCCGCUGGAUAGAAUCCGGAUCGCGAAGGCGCUCGCGCUCAGGGAACGCAACAUCGUCGUCAUGACCGGUGUCGUCGAUAUCGUCACCGAUGGUGUCAGCAUCUUUAAGCUCUCCGAUGGCAGCCACUACCAGGCGCGAGUAACGGGUACCGGCUGCUCCCUCGGAAGCAUCAUUGCCGCUUGCAUGGUGGUGAACAAGGAGCGGAAACUCACUGCCGUCGUGGCUGCGGUGUGCGCUUACAACGCUGCUGCCAGGGUUGCCGCGGAGAGGAAGGACACCAGGGGACCGGGAAGCUGGCACGUCAACUUCAUGGAUACGUUGUUCGAGUUGCGGCAGACCGCAAAUCCUCUGUUGGAACGGACGCCGGAGGGGAAGCGCUGGUGGGAACUGCUGUACGAGAGGGCUGACAGGAUCCUCGUCUAG